UCCUUGUCUGUCAUAUGCGAAGCUAAGGGAACAAGAACCGAUUUAUCGUCAGGAUAAAAUAAAUAUACCACUUUUAUAACGGAAGAAACACGACAGGCAUUUGGAUUAUACAUGAUAUACAGCCUCAAUUUGACCCAGGUAGCUUAAUGCUAAAUUUAGCCGCCCUAUCGCGUCAGUGUUUGUUAAGCUAGCUGUUAUCACGUCGCUAUCUGACUGCAGCCCCCUGCUCUCCAAACACACUGCCUUUGUGGCUAUGAGUACGGAUUUACUUUCUGAUUUGGACAGUCGUUUCUUCGCUGAUAACCUCCUGACAAGCGAAGACUGGGAUGCCUGUCUGUACCAGUGUGAGAGCAUGGAGGAGGGCGAGGACGCUGACUUCAGCAGAGGGGUGAAAUACGAGUGGUCGUUUGACAAUGACCUCGUGCUCACCCUCGAUCCUGACAACCCCACGUCGCCAUGGCAACACCUUGACGACAACCUUCUCACAGGGGAGGCUCCUGUGAUAAAAAAUGAAAUGACCAUCACUCAGCCGUUACCAGUGGAAAUGUUGUUCCAGGUGAAGGCGGAGCCUCCCUCUCCUGCAUCCUCACUCAGUUCAGACUGCUCUGCAGCGUCCCCAGACCCACAGAUCACAGUUAAAGGUGAAAACCCCCCCACUCCUCCCUACAUGUACGGAGACGUCCUGUCCCCUCCACUGGGGACCUUGGAAGUCACCGUGGCAACUUCGGCUGUACCCAAACCACAGACCCAGCUGCAGGCGCCCUUAACAACACAGAUCCCAGCAGUGCUCAGCGGGAUCCAGACGCAGGCUUCAGUUCUGCCGGGUCCGGCCACGUUAAAGGCCAACUCCAUCCUGAGCACCAAACAUCCCAUCCAGCCCAGACCGGUGUGUGUCUCCAACCACCCCGUCACCCAGACUCCCACAGCACCCAAGGCCCUCAUCCUGCAGGGCCUCCCCUCCAUGGACCAGAGCAGACCCGUGGUCUUGUCUCAGUCCGUCUGCCUCGGUUCAACUCCGGCCAUCGUCAAAAUGGAGCCCGUGUCCCCCGGCAUCCCACAGCACUGCCCCAGCCCCACAGCCCCGCCCUGCAGCAAACCCAUCAUCCCUGCGACCACAACGUUACCUGGCAACCACUGCAACGAUAUUGAUAUGAAGGUAAUGAAGCGGCAGCAGAGGAUGAUAAAGAACCGGGAGUCUGCGUGCCAGUCCAGGAAGAAGAAGAAGGAGUACCUGCAGAACCUGGAGGGCCAGCUGAGGGAGGCCCAGCAGGAGAACGAGCGCCUGCGCAGAGAGAACCAGGCGCUGAGGGAGAGGCUGGCAGGCAAAGAGGGCAGUGACUCAGCAAGCAACAAGCGAGCCGUGUGUGUGAUGGCCGUGCUGCUCUUCAUGACCUUCAGCUUCGGACCCGUCAGCAUCACAGACAGGAAGCUGACGGGUCUACAGGACGGGGUGGUGUCGUAUACAGGCCGGAGACUGCUGGAGUUUGAACAACAACAGAAACAACAACAACAGAAACCCCAUCAGCAGCAGGCAGCCGCCCCCCCUCCCAGCAGAGUGGAGGACAGGACAGAGCUGGAGGAGGAGGCAGGGGACGAGGCUCCAGAGUCAUAUCAGUUCAGGAACCUGAGUGAUGUGUUCAGUGACAUGAAGGACCUGGUGCUGCAGGACAUCGAUCGUUACUUCAGCUCGUCAGACUGUAGACAGUUCAACCGCUCCGAGUCGCUCAGGCUGGCAGAUGAGCUGAGAGGCUGGGUCCAGCGGCACCAGAUCGACAGGAAGAAGUCCGGAGGGAAACCAAAAAUAGCCAAGAAGGCAAAGAUUGCCCAGCAGAAAGCUCAGCUGAGGAAGACUAACUUCUCCAGGUACCUGCCCAUCCAGGCUCACCGCUCCAUAGAAAGCCAGCUGCAGGUGCUUCCUGGUCCAGAGGUCACCUACAGCGACUUCCUAGACGCCAUCGACCGGAGGGAGGACACCUUCUACGUUGUAUCCUUCAGACGGGAUCACCUGUUGCUGCCGGCCAUCAGUCACAAUAAGACCAGCAGACCCAAAAUGUCUCUGGUGAUGCCCGCCAUGUCUGUCAACGAGAGCCUGUAUAACUCCUCUCAGGGCUACGAGAUGAUGAUGCAGGUGGACUGUGAGGUCAUGGACACCCGCAUCGUCCCCAUCAAGUCCUCGGCCGUCCCGCGGUCUCUCCGCGACCCGCCUCGGCCUCCCCCCUCUGCCUCCCAUCAUCACCACGGCAACCACACCUCACUCAGAGGGCGCCACCAUCAUCCCGCCUCUUCCACGUCAGCACCAUCUCCCAGGCAACCUUUACCCCCACGCGGGCGGACGGCAGAAUAUUUAAUCAGCCAAUCAGAAGGAGUCUGAUGAGACAGAUGAGAAAAAAAAUCAUUCAAGACUUGAGACGAACAUCUUUAAAACAUAUAACUUCCUCCUCCCUCUGACAGGUAACUAACUGAAUCAUUUUCUUUCUGGAGAAACUUUCUGCAGUUUUCUGGAGAAAAAAACAUCCAAUUAAAGAUGUUAUCCAAGCUGUUAACCUUUACAAAGCAUUAACAGAGCUGUAUGUCACUAAACUCAUGGUUCAGAUGUUUGGGUUAACUACUAAAAUAAAAGAAGAUACUCUCCUAAUAUAUACAGAUAUAUUUCUAAACGUUAGACGCAGACACACCGCACUUACAAACAAUCCUGCGUUUUAAUAAUUCAUUGUGAAAGUGUACAGUUUGUAUGAAACGGGGAGGGGGGGUGGUAUGUGUGGUCAGUUUCUGUUUUAGCUCCGGAAACCAAGCUGUCAUUGGCCUCCAGACUGACAGGGGGCGCUGCACAGUCACUCAAUGAAAAUGUAUUUCAUAUUUUUCAACAAAUUCAUCGAGAGAGAAAUGUUUUGAGAUAAACAACAGAGAAAUACAAGCAGGGACUGUGCAGUUUGAUUUCCGGGGGAGUUAGUGUUUGUAUAUUUGUGAACAGGAAACUGCUGACAGCUGCUGCAUGAAGCUGGAUCUUCAUAAGGCUGGACAGAGCAAUGUAAUGAAGUAAAACAUCUGAAAUACAGCAUAAGAGCUGCAUGAAUUUGAAAAAAUGAUAGCGUUUAUUUAGACUGGUGAUUCACAAUAUUGGGGGGCUUGAUAAUUGUUCAAUCAUAACUCUCAUUAUGAUUAGAACAUAUUUAAAAAGAUCAUGACAAAACAAUAUCCCUCUGUACAUUUUGAUAUUAUUAAGCAGUGAGCGUGACUUUAACAUUUCCCCGUUAAUCGGUGACUAACAUUCAGUCAAAGUUUCUGUCAAUAUAUCUGUAAUCCACUUUAAAAUAAACAAUAUGUUUUCGUUUUUUAACGCAUACCAGCUAAAACAUGUCAUCUCCUGUUGAGCCUCUGGAUGCUGACCCUCAGCUGAAACAAGUAGACAGUUAAUUUGUUAAUCAGUUGGGGAAGCUAAAUAUUUUUAGGAAUGUCAGGCUGUAAGUCUUCAGUACUAUGUGAUCACUCAAAAAAAGUUGUGUUCAGAAACAGCUCACUGAUGUUACUCUGCUAAAACAGGUUAUGAUAAAAUAAUCCAUUAUAGGGAAAAUGUUCAGAAUUCAUUAACUAUAGUAUUUUUUAGAUUUAGUUUGGUUCUUAAGGAUAUCAUUACUCCAUGAAUAUGCUUAAAGUUUCAACAAAAAGCUUUUCCGCAGUAUCAAAGUGAUCCAGGAACAUCUGUCCGUAUGUCCAUGUGCACACAGCUCAUCUUUAAAAAUGACUUUAUCAUUUGAAAUGCAAACUAACUAGGCUUUGACAUAUCAACCUCACUGAGAUCCCUCGUCAUGUGACAGCUGUCAGAUUUAUUAUCAUGUUUGUUUUUUUAUAGGCACAUGUUGUUGUUUUUGAAUGGGGAUUAUUUAAAAGUUGUAAAUAUCAAUGUUUCCUCUGUAGAUAUAUUGUUUGUUUUUGUCACAUUUUUAUACAUUUUUUUUAUUUCAAUGUUUUGAUCUUUUUGACAACAAAAAGUAAAAAGAAAAAAACCGAGACUGAUGUUGAAUUCUAUAUUUUGUAUUCUGGUGUUCAGUUCAGUGGACCAGUCACCUUCACUCUGUGCUCAUAGUAUAAACUCAGACACAUUAUAUUUAUGAAAUAUAUCCACAGAUUUUUUUUAUUGUACAGUAAAAAAACUUGUAGGAAGUGUUGUUGAAAAAUAAUUCUAAACCAUCCUAGAGACAAGAUCAUAUCUGCCGAGUCAAGACAAGCUGUUUUUCAACGUAAUAUUGAGUUAUUAUUGUAGUUUUUUGCUAAAGUCUUUAAUAUCAAAUAUAUAUGAUUUUCUUUGUUUCAAACAAAAACAUUUUUUAUUCUAUCAAUCCUCAAAAUCAUAAAUAGUCACUUCAACAAUUACUGUAAACAGCUGUUUACUCUGCAUUAUGGGUAAUGUAGGAUCUUUUGUGGAUCUGGAGAGAGCUUUACAACAUCUGAAGAAGUAAACCUGAUGAGGGUUUAACUAAAGAUGCUGACCAGUUGCAUCAUGGGUAAUGUAGGAUGCAGUGUUUUGGCAGAUCUUCACACUGAAAGUCAGAUAAGUCUUUACUUUAGUUUCCAUAUGGUUCUCUUUGAAUCCUUUUAAGAGUUUACUAACCCAUGCAGCAAAACAGUGACCCAUAAAACAAAACGUUUGACAAUCAAAGAAAUAAAACCUUUAUUUUCCAUUUUUAUGUUGUUGCUAAUGAAACUUGAAAAAAAAGAUUCAGCGCAUAAAGUUUUAGAUGCUUAUUGUUAUGUUGCCACAAUUUUCCAGGCAAACAUUAUACAGUCCGACACAUAACUCCUCCAUAAAUCGUAGUUGUAUAUGUUUUUUACUGUUGCAUUCUUGUACGUUAAACUAUGCUGUAAAAUCGAUUCGUUAUCCUCUGUUCCCAUGCUAAGCUAAGCUUAACCACCAUGUUUAGCACAAACACAAGAUAGGUAUUAAUUUGAACAUUUCCCAGAAUGUUGGAUUAUUAACUUCCACUAACUUUAACAGUCUUUGUCUUCUGCUCUGCUUUCUGUUUUUGUUUAUUUGUUUACUCUGUUGUCUCCAACCCGCUGCACUGCAUGCUCCUCCUGCAUGCUCCUCAUGCAUGUCUGAUUUUCCAUCAUUUUUCUACUUCUUCAUAAUUGGUUUCAUAAUUGUAAAGUAAUGCAACGCUGGAAAAGGGGGGGGGGGGGGGGGGUGGACUGCUGAGUCAUGUUCUUCUGAAACAAGGAUCUUAGUUUCACAGAUGUAAACGAAUGGUUUGGGGCGUUACUGCCAGGAUGUCUUAUCUGAAUAUUGAAAGGGAAAUGUUUCUUCCUGCAUUUUUGUGAUGUUUGAGUCACUUUGUCAUCACUUAAGGUAAUUUUCUUUGCUUAUUAUUCCACUAAAUGGGGAUAUUUCAGUUGCUAUAUUUUUUACAAAUAUUGAAAGAUCAAAUUGACAAUAAAGCAAAAAGAAAAUCAUCAAAUUUGAUUUUUGGGCUCUUUGUUUCAGAAAGUAACUUUAGUAGUGACAACAUAAUACAAUAGGUAAGUAUUUAUUACUUAUCUGUUGAAAUAAGUGGAAACAACUACUAAUCACAUUGUCCCUGUUCAAAAACAUGAUAAGAACAAGAAGGCGGUUUCCUUGGAUCAGAUAUCUCUAAAAUCAUAAUUUUCUGAUUUGUAAACUGGAGUUUUAAUUCUCUUCAAAGAAGACAAUUCUCACCAAAUCAAUACAAAUGUGAUAGUGAUUUUUUUCUUGAUUAAGGAAGAUUUAAGUUUCAGGUCCAGUUAAAAAUCAGAGUCCAGAUAUUUGUUUCAUGUUUGUCUAUCCGACCUUUAAAAAGGUUUUGCAAAUCUGUGACAGCAUGACUGAAGCUAACCAUGUACAUAGAAUGUUUGUUUUUUAAUUUAAAUAUGUAAAUACAUCUUUCUAUUCCCAUCCUCUGACGAAAUGACACAUUUGAAUUAUGCCUUUUGUUUGUAGGAAGCAUUGAAUUUGAUAAAGAUAUAAUAAACUAA